AUGUCUGCGGACUGCCUGACGCUGCGAGUCGAUCGACCAGCUGGCACUCCAGAAUCUGCAAAGUUCCCUGUUAUGGUGUGGAUCUACGGCGGAGGCGACACCUUCGGCCAGAUCUAUGACUCCGCGUACGAUCCAACGGGGCUGGUGCUCGACCAUAUUGCGACAUUCGGCGGUGACCCAGACAACGUCACCAUCUUCGGCGAGAGUGAUGGAGCAACGGGUGUUGGUCUCCAGAUCACAGCAUAUCGGGGCAAGCAGAAGGCGCCCUUUAAGCGAGACAUCAUGCAGUCUGGCGGUCCCAUAGCGGACAGGGAAACCGCUGGAGACAAGUCCCUGUCGUAUACCAAACAACUGACAAGCCUUGUGCAAUGUCUGCGCAGUAUCCCCAUGGCCAAAAUCAACUCUAUUGCUGUUGCAUAUGAGAAGAAAGUCGGCGGCAAUGCAGGUAUGGGUGCGUUCAUCCCUGUUGCGCCAUCCAGGUUUAUCCCCGACAGUCCGUCCAAGCUGCUAGCAACAGGGCGGUUCUCGCGGAAUAUCGACACACUGUCUGGAUGGAACGAGGACGACGGAUCCUUUUCUACCCUACCCACUCUCUCGUCCGAGGAAGACGUCUCUGCAUACCUUAAAUACGAGUACCCGGCCUUGUCGAAUAAAACAAUCAAAGCAGCCAUGGCCCUUUACCCAGUCUCGUCCUUCCAGGACUUUCCAUCCGAGAACAUCUCCGCUCAUUACUUCCGUAUAAGCCAGCUUAAGCGUGAUGCAGAGUUCACAUGCGCAAGUCUAUACACGGUGCAGAUGAACCACAACCAGAUAAUCCUCUGCGAGGCGUAUUCCGCGGCGAAUGUCUCGUAUCUUGGUGUUUCCCAUUUCAGUGAUAUCCCGUAUGUAUUCAACCAGGCGUCUGCUGAGGCGUGGGCCCCGUAUGCCGCGAAGGAGGACCUGAGGCUGUCGAGUGAGAUGAGCGGGAGCUGGACUGCAUUUGCGAAGACUGGACGUCCUUCGGCUGGGAAUGGGACGGUCGACGGGUGGGUGGGCGCUUUUGAUUCUGCUGGUGCUGGACAGGAUGAGUAUUUGCGUGUCAUCAGUGGGCCAGAUAGUGGGAGUCGAAAGAUCAGUAACGGCAAGUAUGGGUAUGAUGGUCUUGCUGCCAGAUGCGCGUUCUGGACCUCGCAGGAAGAGUUAGACGGGAUGGGGGUUUAG